CAUCUGAUUGAGGAAAGGAUUUAGUCGCUUCUAUUAUAGUGACGAGUACGUUUUGCAAAGACCCACGUCUCUAUUGGGUUGAAUGUGAUCUAGUCGAGGAGUACUUCUACGUAAUAAUAGUGGUUUUGUAUUGAUAAUUUGAUACUGGCUGACCAUGGAUGCCGUUUUACCAGUUGUUGCUCUUUGUCUUGCAUGUAUACCAGGCUGCCUUGCCUCUGUCUACUGCUACAGCCUUGACGCCUUUACCGUCAGGUAUUGCCCCGGGGUUGCUGAUUAUUGCUGCGGAGGGUCGUGCUGCACCACCUUCACCACCGGCAUCAUCGUUGCAAUUGUGUUAGGAGCGAUCUUUGGCCUCGUCGUCGUGGCUGUUACCAUCCUCGCCAUCGUGAAAACUUGCUGCAAAACGGGGACAGGAAGAGUCAUCCAACCACAGCCUCACUCGAGUGUGUUUGUUACGUCAGGGCAGAGCGGUUAUCCACAAUAUCCCAUGCCAACUGCUGGUGCUGCUUUUGUUAAUCCAGGGCCCGCUCUAGCACCAAAUCCAGCAUAUCCACACCCAAAGGGCAAUCCAGCAUAUCCGGCACCUAACCCCCCACCAUAUUACCCCCCACCAGGUGGUCAAGCCCCACCCCCUGCGGCGCCUUCGUAUUCCUAUCAAAGCCCUGGGACAGCCCAGCUCCCUGGUCAAGUUUCACCCCCUGUUGUAGCCGCAGACCCUGGUCAAGCUCCACCUCCUGUUGUAGCGGCAGACCCUGGUCAAGCUCCACCUCCUGCCAGUGCCCCUGCACCGUCUACUGGGAACGGUUCAUAAACGUGACGACGUCAUCAUCGUUGAUUCAAUUCCACGAGAAAAGAUGUCUUGAAUA